ACUCCGGCGACUUUUUAUGGUUAACACAGAUGUAACGUGCAUUGGAAGCCUUUACCGCCAAGAAUUCCAUUGCAUCAAAAAACGAUUGAGUAGGAUUAAUUGAUUCAUCAUCCAACCAGGGAGCUGAACAUCUGCACACCUGUGAGCAGCAGUAUGAUGCAGACAGGAGUCAUUCUGAGACAGGACACUGAGACAACACUACCAGAGCUCACUGAGCAGCACAGGAUCAGACUGAAAGAAGAGGAACUCGGUGGACUGGUCCACAUGGCAGAGUCAGAGACGUGUGCUGCAGCAGGACUCAACACUCUGGAGCCAGUGUGUGUUACAUUACACAGCGGGGUCAGUGAUGUACACCAUACACACACAUCACUGAUUAAAACAGAAACUGAUCUAGGCUUCACCCACCCUGGGGACCUUAUUAAGAAAGAGACACUAGACAGUGCAGAGCUGGGAUAUGUAACCCAUCUGCAUCCUGACCAAAUAAAAACCGAGACUGAUGAUGGAGGAUACCUUAAGGCAGAACACAUCAGUGACUUGGAGAAUAUUAAAUGUGUUAAUUUGAAAUCUGAUGAAUUGACCUGUGAAUCCAGUGAAAGUUUAGUGAGUGAUCUCAUGAAUACUAUGAUGAAUGGAGCUGCAGUUGAUCACAAAGACCAGACUGAACUAUCGCAAUGUGCAGGAGAACCAAACCAAAACUGUAAAAAGGAGGAAAUGCACGAUCCACUGACCCAAUGUGGAGAUUUAAAUCACCACUGUCACAUAAACGGUGAGAAUAGUCAGACCAGAAUUAUGCGGAAAAGUAGAAAUGGCAGAAACAAGCGUAUUAAUUGCCAGGGAACGAAUGACAGAACUGAACCCAUGAUAACCUAUUCAAGUAAAAUCCCAAGCCUUUUGAAAUCCUGUCAAAAGGAGGCAAUUAACAAAAGUAAACGUCAAAUUAAUACUGAUGAAAAGCCAUACAAAUGUACAUGGUGUGCGAAGUGUUAUAAUUUCAAAUCUGCUUUAAAUAGGCAUUUGAUAAUUCAUACAGAUGAAAAAACCCACAAAUGUUCUCAGUGUGGGAAGUCCUUUUCUACAAAAAGAAAUUUAAAUGUCCACCAGAGUACUCAUACAGGUGAGAAGCCCUACAAUUGUAUUCUUUGUGGAAAGUACUUUUCCACAAAAGGUUAUUUACAUGUCCACCAGAGAACUCAUACAGGUGAGAAGCCCUACAGUUGUUCUCUGUGUGGAAAGUGCUUUUCCACAAAAAGUAAUUUAAAUUACCACCAGAGAACUCAUACAGGUGAGAAGCCCUACAGUUGUACUCUGUGUGGCAAGUACUUUUCCAGAAAAAGUCAUUUAAAUAUCCACCAGAGUACUCAUACAGAUGUGAAGCCCUACAGUUGUAUUCUUUGUGGAAAGUACUUUUCCACAAAAGGUUAUUUAAAUAUCCACCAGAGAACUCAUACAGGUGAGAAGCCCUACAAUUGUAUUCUUUGUGGAAAGUACUUUUCCACACAAUCUAAUUUAAAUUACCACAAGAAAAUUCAUUCAGGUGAGAAGCCCUACAAUUGUAUUCUUUGUGGAAAGUACUUUUCCACAAAAGCAUAUUUAAAUAUCCACCAGAGAACUCAUACAGGUGAGAAGCCUUACAAAUGUUCUUUGUGUGGGAAGUGCUAUUCCAGAAUAUCUAAUUUAAAUCGCCACAAGAUGAUUCAUGCAGGUCUUUAAUGCAAGAUAUUUAUACUCCUGACAAUUCAACCAGAUGAAUAAAUGUUUAUAAGAAAUUGCUAACCAAUAUUUUUUUCUGAAGCUGAAAUGUUAAGCUCAAUUUAAAAUAAAUGCGCCAUCACUACCAGCCGUAUUAUUGUGGUUUGAGCAAUAUUGCCAUAGUAGCAAUCAAUCUGUGGCCAUUUCUGGGGGUUAAGAUUGCAACACCGCAGGGAAUUGAAUGCUGCACUCCUAUAGUUAUCAAAUAAUUGCUAUGUGUUUUAAAUAUGUAGCUGUUGGUUCCACUUAUGUCUUAUUGUAUGGCAUUUUCUCAUCUGUGUUUAUUUGCUGACAUGCAAAUUAAAACUACCAGGAAACUGAACAUAACUUUCCACUGUGCAGUACCUAGAUGAAAAUAAGUAAAGCAAUUGGGCUAUUUAUCCAUUGGAUAUUGAAAGCGAAGAUUCCCUGCUUUCAGCGAAAAAGUUAAUCUCACAACCAAGAUUGUCCCGUGCCAUAUAAAAUGCAUUGGCAAAGAUUACUGUUUCAUAAAAAUAUAUCAAAUUGUAGAGACCUGUAUUGGCAUAUAUAUAAAAUCAUUAGACCAGUCGCCUAUGGUAAAGUAGACUCAGUAUUCAUAUUAUAUCAGGCAAAUAUUUCUCCCAAUGGAGUGCACAACCCCGUCUGUAAAUUCUUAACAGCAUCAUAUUUACAAUUUCAUGCAAAUCUGUCAGGCAGAAGCCAUAGGGAAGCCAUAAGCCAUAGGGAAGAGAAGGGAGGACUAAGGUACAAUUUGAAAAGGUGUGUUUUUAGCCUGCAUCGAAAUAGGGGGAGGGAUUCUGCUGUCCUGACAGUGGUAGGCAAGUCAUUCCACCACUGAGGAACCGGAACGGAAAACAGGCGUGAACGUGCAGCUCAACCACCAGGUGCAGACUGGAGUGGUCUUGCUGGGGAGGAGGGAGUGAUUAAGGAUUGUAUCUAAAGUGGGGUAGUCCCCUUAGCAGCCUGAAAUGACACGUGAUGCAUGCCUGGACGAAACCACUGGGAUUUAACUAGCCGACAGACUGGUGUAACUAGGUUAUACUGCACCAUGUCAAUGUAAAUGUAAAUCUUUAAUUUGGCAAUUAGGCUAUUGUCUGACUUACAAUGUUGACAUUUAACUUUAAAAUUUUGAAAAUGCAAUUAAAUUUGUCAGUACAGUUAAAAAAAGAAAAAAAAUGAACCCUAGCGGUUAUAAGCACUAUCGGUUACACGAUUACCCGUUUAAAAAAUGGGAUGGUAUUCGUUUACGAAAACUGAUGAUUUGCCAUGUCUUUAUUUUUUUAUACAUUUUAUUCAUCACGGACAGUGUAUAUUAAUCAACAUUUUCUGUUUCCACAUCAAUGUAAAUGUGCCAUUUUCAUCUGUAGUCCCUAACCUGCAUAAAUGGUAAAUGGUUGGGAUUUAUAUAACGCCUUUAUCCAAAGCGCUGUACAAUUAAUGCUUCUCAUUCACCCAUUCAUACACACACUCACACACCAACGGCAAUUGGCUGCCAUGCAAGGCGCCGACCUGCUCGUCAGGAGCAUUUGGGGGUUAGGUGUCUUGCUCCGGGACACUUCGACACAGCCCGGGUGGGGGAUCGAACCGGUAACCCUCCGACUACCAGACGACUGCUCUUACUGCCUGAGCCAUGUCGCCCGCCUACCUGUCUUCGGACUGAGGGGACUGUCAUGCUCUGCUGCCAGCGAGCUGCUGCUGCAUCUGCCCUGAUGCAGUCAUACAAAGCUGCCCUGCUGCCUGGUUCAUUCUGCACUCUAAAGCCAUUGCACUGCCUGGCUCUUUCUGCUGCACUGCUUUCUCUGGAAUGCUGCCUUUGCCCAUAUUUCAUGCUAUUGCCACGUUCACUUGCUGCUUUUGCUGGAAUUAUCCUGGUCUUCCUAAUUCAUGCCGUCAAAAUUGUUGCGCUCCCACCACCACCCCCGCAUCCACCAGUGGGCUCUGCUUCUCAAGAUCCCCAUGAGGGGGGGUUUGUAGCCACUCCUUGUUUCAUCAGGCUUUACAACAGGGAGUGAUGAGAGGCAGAGCCGACGGCAAAGUUUGCAUUAACAUUAUACCUCAAUAAUAUUGCCUAUUUCAUCAUUUUGGUUUUCUGACUUCAGAUGUAAAUAAGUGUCUAUCCUAUAACAUGUUAAAGAAUGUGAGUUCAUGCAUUUCCAAAUUAAGGUUUACGGCAAUGAAUUAGCAUAUUUAUUUAUUUUGGAGCUUUUUUGGAAGUGUUCUGAUAAUAAGAGAACCAUAGCAUAUAUGUCCAAUAUGGGUCAGCUUUGGGUUUCUGUCUCUUGAAUGUUUGGUUCAGGACCGAACCACAUUCGAACACUCAUAUAGGUCAACAUGCAUUGAAACAUCGUUCAAAUCUAAAAGGGUGAGGUCCAAAAGUGAUUGAUUUUUGAAGGAAUGCCCCAUAACGUUUUUCAGUAAAUAAAUGAAUGGUAAUUAAAAAAAUGUCACCAUGUUUUGCGUUUACUCCGUAUCCUUUUGUCUAUUGCACAUUUUUGUCUUGAGAUCUGAACUUUAUAUUGUGUGUCAAGCAGUAAUGGAGGAAAUGAGGAAGGGAGCAAAUACUUUUUCAUUGCACUGUACAUUGUCAAUGUGCACAUGCAAAAGGGCUUCAUGUUAUGUACACAUCUUUAUGAACUAUAUGUGUUACUGCUUUCUACAUUAGUGCCUCUUUGUAAAUGUUGUUCAAUU